AUGACCAAAGCGUUGCUGACAAAGCAAGAAAAGAAGGAAGAGAAGAUAUCUAUUGUCGAACUACUACUCAAAGAGAAUGCAGAUGUUAAUGAUCAGGAUAAAGAAGGAUGGACUGCCCUAAUGAUAGCUAGUCGAAAAUGGUGUGUCACUCGAGGAGAGGUAGACGGACUCAAGACAAUGGCCAGCACUGAUCAAGACUACCACUUUGCUCUAGAGGAAGGUUUUUACAAUGGUGGAUAUAGCAAAUGGUACUGCCCCUGGUGGGAAGAACUUAUUUCAGCUGUUGAAAAAGGUAGUACAGCACUUAUAUUAGCUAGUAAAGGAGGACAUGAACAAGUUGUACAAACACUAGUAUCAGCUGGAGCUAAUCCUAACAUUCAAGACAAAACUGAAAGAGAUGAAUGGACUGCUCUAAUGUUGGCUAGUCAAAAUGGUCAUACACAGGUUGUUGAAACUACUACUCAAGAGAAUGCAGAUGUUAAUGCUCAGAAUGAAGAAGGGGAGACUGCCCUAAUGAUAGCUAGUAAUGAUGGUUAUACAGAGGUUGUGAAACUACUACUCAAAGAUAAUGCAGAUGUUAAUACUCCAGAAUGA